UAAAAGAAGUGAGGGAACUCUGCAGUGUUGGCAAACUGAGAAUUCACAAGUUCAUUUCCAACAACCAUGAUGUCCUUGCAUCCAUUCCGGAGGAUGAAUGUGCAGAUUCAGUGAGAAACCACGACAUGGCUCUUGGAGGGUCACAAAUUGAGAGAGCUUUGGGAAUCAAAUGGUGUGUCGUUUCAGACCAGUUCCAUUUCAGAGUGAUUGUGGAUGAACGCCCACUCUCUAGAAGAGGAGUUUUAUCAACCGUGGCAUCCAUCUAUGACCCUCUUGGGUUUGUGGCACCAUUUAUUCUGGUCGGGAAGCAAAUACUCCAAGAGAUGUGUCGAGACAAGAUUGGAUGGGAUGAGCCAUUGUCAGAAGAUCUCAAACCACGGUGGGAGUCCUGGCUGUUGGAUUUGAAGAAUCUGGCUGAUGUCAAGAUUCGAAGAUGUUAUCUCCCAGAAGGUUUUGAGAAAGUUGAAAGAUAUGAAUUGCAUCAUUUCUCAGAUGCAAGUGUUAAAGGGUACGGUGAAUGUUCUUACUUGAGAGCAAUCAGUGUAUCAAACCAAGUCAGCUGUUCCCUAGUUAUUGGCAAGGCCAGGGUGACUCCUACGAAGAUUACCACAAUACCCAGGCUUGAGCUGUCAGCAGCUGUUAUUGCUGUUCGAACUAGUGACCUGCUUAAAAGGGAGUUGGAAGUUCAAGCCCAAGAAUUCUUCUGGACGGACUCGAAGGUCGUUCUUGGAUACAUUAACAACAAUGCUAGACGGUUUCACAUAUUUGUGGCCAAUCGUAUUCAACGUAUACAAGAAGGUUCCGAUCCAGAUCAGUGGAGAUACGUGUCCUCUGAAGACAACCCUGCUGAUCAUGCUUCGCGGGGUCUGACAGCAAAGGGACUAAUUACUUCCAACUGGCUCACUGGUCCAGAUUUUCUCUGGCAUGACAAACUUCCUGCUUAUGAUGUUAAGGUGGGAGACUUGGGAGCUGAAGAUCCAGAACUUCGCAGCACCUUCGUCCAUAAGACAUUGGCGACAGAAGAUUCGCUGCUUAAUCAUUUCUCAAGGUUCUCAAGCUGGACAAGACUAGUUAAAGCCAUUGCACGACUCAUGCGAUGUGUCAAAGAGGUCAAGGGUUUGGUGUCUAGAACCAACGAAGUCACCAGUCUUGAGGAACGAAAAGAGGCGGAGCUUUUCAUCAUAUCUACCGUCCAAAAGGAAGUGUUUUCUGAAGAAAUCAAAGACCUAAAAUCCAAGAAGCAGAUAACAAGGGACAGCACAAAUAGGCUGCGCAAACUGAAUCCUUUCUUGGAUGAAAUGGAUGUGCUCAGAGUAGGAGAGCUACUUGAUGACAUGACAAGUGAUGCCUUUAUUAAUGCUCUGCGAACAUUGAUUGCCAUUCGUGGAAAUGUUCGGCAGCUUCGAUCAGAUCAGGGAACCAACUUUGCUGGAGCAAGACGAGAGUUCUUGGAAUCUGUAAAGAAAAUGGACCAAGAAGGCCUAAAACAACUAGGUUGUGAAUUUGUCAUGAACCCAGCGUCUGCCAGCCAUAUGGGUGGAGCCUGGGAAAGGCAGAUCAGGACGAUAAGGAGUGUGCUGACGUCCAUCCUGGAUCAUUCGUCCAAAAGACUUGACACUUCAUCCUUGCGUACAUACUUUUAUGAAGUUAUGGCGAUCAUAAAUAGUAGACCCCUAACAACUCACCUGCUCAGCGAUCCCAGUUCUCCACAGCCUCUUACACCGAAUCACAUCCUGACCAUGAAGUCUUCAGUGGUCUUGCCACCACCUGGUGAGUUUGUGAAAGAAGACCUUUAUCUUCGCAAAAGAUGGCGCAAGGUGCAAUACCUGGCCAAUGAAUUUUGGACCAGAUGGAAAGGGGAAUACUUGCUGAAUCUUCAGCAGAGAAACAAAUGGUACAAGACACAGAGAAAUGCCAAGAUCAAUGACAUUGUGAUUCUGAUGGACAAUAGUCUACCCAGAAAUGAGUGGAAGCUGGCUAAGGUCACGAAAGUGUACCCUAGUGAAGAUGGAGUCAUUAGGAAACUCGAGCUGUUAAUGAGUGAUGCAGCACUGGAUGACCAAGGAAAAAGAGUUAACAAGCCAGUAUACCUUGAGAGGCCUAUUCACAAAACAGUUACUCUAGUUGAAGCUGAAUAG